CAGCACGGGCUGCAGAAUUCCCUGCUUGGGCGCUGCCAUGGCUGCUGCCUCUUUGCAGGAGAAGGAAGCGCGACGAGGACAGGCACGACAUCAACAAGAUGAAGGGUUACACCCUGCUGUCUGAGGGCAUCGACGAGAUGGUGGGGAUCAUCUACAAACCCAAAACCAAGGAGACCCGGGAGACCUACGAGGUGUUGCUGAGCUUCAUCCAGGCCGCCCUCGGGGACCAGCCUCGAGACAUUCUGUGCGGGGCUGCCGACGAGGUGCUGGCGGUGCUGAAGAACGAGAAGCUGCGCGAUAAGGAGAGGCGCAAGGAGAUCGAUCUGCUGCUGGGCCAGACCGACGACACCCGUUACCACGUGCUGGUGAACCUGGGCAAGAAGAUCACGGAUUACGGUGGCGACAAGGAGAUUCAGAACAUGGAUGACAACAUUGAUGAGACGUACGGCGUGAACGUGCAGUUUGAGUCGGAUGAGGAGGAAGGCGAUGAGGACAUCUAUGGCGAGGUGCGGGACGAGGCCUCUGAUGACGACAUGGAAGGAGACGAAGCCGUCGUCCGCUGCACCCUGUCAGCCAACCUUGUGGCAUCGGGUGAAUUGAUGAGCUCAAAGAAGAAGGAUCUGCAUCCGCGGGACAUCGACGCCUUUUGGCUCCAGCGGCAGCUGAGCCGCUUCUAUGAUGAUGCCAUCGUUUCCCAGAAGAAGGCAGAUGAAGUGCUGGAGAUCCUGAAGGUGAGCAGCCAGGCGGC